ACGCAGGAAAUGGUGGCGCCGCUGACGUUUAUUUCUGAAAGCUAUGCUCUUGCGUCCGCCAUGCUCCUGCUUUCACGCGAGCACCCACGCCUAAGCACGAGCGAGACGAAGAAGAAGAAGCGCCGUUCUUGAGCUCUGCUAGGGGUGCUCACAGAAAAGGACUCCGCCUUCUAGGAAUACGACAAAGGCGUUGGCGAUCUGAAAGCAGGAACCCGUCGUCAUCAAGGACAAGGAAACUUUCUCGACACCCUGUGAGUCUCGGAGCUACACGAGUCGGGCGAGCGGCCGUAUUUUGUAGGGCCGCAGGGAAUCCCCUGCCACCAUCGGCUCCAGUCAGGUUACACGCAGUGACCGCUGACUGACGUCGGCUUCUAAGGCGUUUAGGAGCCGGAUCAGCUAAGAAAUGGCCGAAGACACCAGGGGUGCGCCUAAAUAUGUUUCCCAGCCGAAGAACGAUCGUGGAAGCAUUCCAGCGAGAUCCUCCUCGAGCGACCAACGUGGUCGACCGGCUUCGGAACGCGAAGGCAGCAGCAAGGACAAAACCGAUAGUGGGCAUGCUCCUGCUGACGCGAAAAAGCCGGGCUUUCCCGCUGCUGCGCUUGCUACAAGCAAAUCUGAUCAGCAGGCGACCGUCUCAAGCAUUUCACCCGGCGUUGCUUCAUCGUCGAGCAACACGCAAGCCAAGACACUCAGCAGCCCUUACUACUUAUCGGGGUCAAAUUCUGGGCGCACCCCAGAGUCACCGUACGGUAUUUCUGAGGCUGAACGACUUCUGGCCGAGCUGACAGUGCUCAGGGGUCGCAACAUGCCCCUGGACGAGAGCCAGCUUCCAGCGAGCCCCAUGGUGGAGCGAGGGCCCACGGCCUCCAAGGGACGGAGCGUGUCCAUCGACAUGCUACCCUCCAUCAGCCUCAUCUCUCCUCGGAGCGCGCUUCGUACGCCCGAACCUAGAGUGACGUCGGCGAGUCAAGAUGCACCUACCGCCCCACCGACGGAUCCUGCGAAACCAGUGCUGACGACGGGGGCCACGGAGGCUGAGCGCAAAGCGUCGGUAUCCAGUAUACGCUCGGCACUGUCGGGUCGACGCAAGGUGUCCACGGACUCGCAGAAGCGAGCGGUGGUCUACCCGCCCGUCCUGAAGGUGCGCAGGCCCUCCGCUCCCGCUGGAACCGAGGGAACUGCAGCACCAGGGACCAGCUUGCCACCGGACCAAACAUACGCAGAACAUGACUUACCGGAUUUCGUCGUGGGCCGCCGAAUGGCCCGUUCGUCCGCCUUCUACAACGACCAGAUGAGUCGCGGUCGCCUGGGUUCUCUCGACCGACGAGGCAGUCGACGCAGUUCGUUGCAGAGGUAUCGACGCCGCUCGAACUCGCUUCCUGGAAGGCGUGGAUCACGGGACAGCCUGCGGGGUCGAAACGUCCGGCAGGAGCAGACCUCGGCGGGCGUCGGCAAGCGCAGCGUCUCCAAGUCCUGGCUGGCCUGCGUGGUGUGCAUCUUCGUGCUGGUGUUGGCCCCGCUGACGAUGCUCAUCGCGCGCCAUCUGAUGAGGCCGCCGUUCGCCAGCGACCGCGGCGCGUGCGGCAGCGACGACUGCGUCCGCCACGCCCGGCAGAUCCUGCGCACGCUCAACGCGUCGGCCGAUCCCUGCCUGGGCCUCCACGCGUACGUGUGCGGCAGCGUCGCGCGACCCGACGACGCCUGGAGGGAGACCGACGAGGGAAUCGGCAGCCUCGACGAGAUCGACCCUGCCUGGAGGUUGGCCCGGCUCUACGCCAAUGAAGUGAACAACAUCCUUGGCAAUCUCCAGCAGCUGCUUACGGCAAAGAACACUUCGGACACUACACUGAAGGCAUUUUCGGCUCUCUCACUAUGCCUGCAGAAAGAACGCUAUCAGCAAGCCAUGUCCUUCGCGAUGUUCAUGAAAGAUAGAAAUCUCCCGUGGCCAGUACACGCGUCGCGAUCUGUUGGGCUCGUCGAUGUGCUCGACGUUCUCCUGGACUUGAGCAUCAACUGGAGGGCGUCAAUUUGGGUUGACGUGCGGCUAUGGCACCUUAAAGCGCAAACACUUAGCGGCCCCGUGGUGGUAAUCGACGAGCCCGGGCACGUGACUUUGAUUCGAAUGGAACAAGUGAGCACGCUAAACGAUGCGGAGUACGCGAGUGCGGUUGAAAGAACAGCGCAGUUCAUCGUGCGCUUCAAGAACGACAGUGGUACCAUUACUCGAGGUGCGUCAUUUAAUCACGCCGUCGAGAUAGAGGAACUGAAACGCGAUGAAACGGAUAUUCGCGAAGUGUUCUUGUCCACGGAAAGCAGAGAAGACUCGUACGACACGCUCGUCCCCCUGCAAAUGAUGCGGUUGACGACGAAUUUCACGCUGGAGAACUGGGUCGAUCUGCUCAGGAAGUACUUGGCGCCCGCAGGACUGAACGUUACGAUCGACACGGCGGUGCUUAUACUGAACACCCGGCAGUUCAAAACCCUCACUAGGCUGAUGGGAAACAUUCCAGCGCCAAGGUUGCUGAAUGCCCUUGGGUGGAUGUUUGCGUACUCCUACUCCUGGGUAGCCAACUCCGAAUUUGAAUCCUUCAGCACUCAAGGUGGUCUAACCAGCGGCGGCGCAUCAGAGUAUGGUUUGUUGGCGCACGUCCUCUGUUUCGUUGCGGUUCACGAGUCCUUCGGCAUAGCGCUAGAGCAGGCACUGUUCCUGAACCACCUACCGAACCAUGAGCGUCUUAAGGUGACCAAGAUAGUGAACGCAACCGCUCGCGGUCUCAUCGAAGCAGUGCGCGCAUCUCGGGGCGUCUCGAACACGACAAAGGCCGACGCAGAGGCAAAGAUUUCUCACGUCUUAUCUCGAGAGUUGUGGCCGCCCCAGCCUUUCCUCAAUCUCCACGACUUAGAUGCCCUAUACGUAGGCUUCCCAUCAGUGCGUGCCCAGGACUUCUACGCGUAUUGGCGUGAGACGCGAGCGGCUCUCAGGACUGCGUUGCCCAAUCGCUACCACGGGACCCUGAUGACGGCUAAGUUGAGGGGCUACGCGGAAGAUAUUCUAUACAUCUACUCGUUAAACAUCAUUCUACUCGACCUUCCGUCCGUGUUCCCGCCGAAGUACCUCAGGUACGGCAACUCGGUCAUGGCGUUCGCUGGUUUGGGCUUCCAGUUUCUCCGGCAACUGGUGAAAUCUGUGGACGAGCGGGGAAGGCUGCUGGGCUACGCCACGGGAGACAAGAUCGCUUGGUGGGAGGAGAAAAGGACGUGCAAGAUUAAGACGGCGGCGUCGGCAAAGGAGAGGCGAGAAAUCAAAGACCUCUUCGCCCUUGAAUUAGCCUUGGCGACGGCGGAGAAGGUCGCGGAGGUGGACGGUUCGCCUCUGAGGCUAAAAUUUCUGGAGAAUCUGUCGCCCGUGCAAACGUUUUACGUGAGCUAUUGCAGCAACUUUUGUGGGGCACGCGGAGAGCAAGAGAUGUGCGACUUGGCGAUGAAGUCUUCGAAAUUUGUGGACGCCUUCGGCUGUGUCUGGCGUGGUGCAGAUCUCGGGUGCCUUUUUGUAUAAGAACGCCUUCAAGACUUCGCUAUACGUAUUCUGUGAACACCGCCAUGUCACCAUGUAUAUCAGUCAUUUACAGCUAUGCCUCACACUGCCCAUUACGGUCAUUUCAGUUUAUGGGAAGUUUGCCGGGGUGACGUUUGGGCAAAUUAUAUGAGCAUGUUCGCAUGCAGUUUAAUAUUUGAGACUGAAGCUGCUUCCCUGUGCUCGUUUACAUGUUCUGGCAGAAAAUACAAGGCUGUAAAGUUUGAAUACGAUCCCUCAUUGCACUUCA